AUGCCUCUGGACUUUGUUUGCCUGUCAAAAAGGCACACAGGUGAGUACUUGGCCGAUACAGUCCGCCUAGUUGCUGAGAAAUUUGGAAUUCAAGACAAAGGGAUUCUUCGGCCGUUUGGGAGUCACAAGAAGGACGCAAAGGAUCGAGGAUCGAUGGCUGCUGACAAUGAUUCAGAUGGUUCAAUUUCUGAACAAGAAGAUCCUGAAGAUCAAAUCAGAGUGCUUCCUUGGGGCCUCCGGGAUAAUUCCCCCACCUCAGCAGGUGAUGAUUCAAGUGAUGAGAAAUCAGAGUACGGAGCAGAUCUCGAUGACAAUGAAGUACUCAAUGAGGCCGAUAUUGAAAAUGCUAGCAAAGAGGAGGAGGAUGAUCGCUACACUUUGGUUUCUUGUAAACGUACUUUGGCUAAGUUUUGCGCAAUUGCAAAGAAAUUGAGGUACUCUCCAACUUCCAAGGCCGAAUUCAUCAAGAUCUGUCAACAGAAGAGUUGUGAAAGACCACACAACAUUGAACGAGAUGUACGAACAAAAUGGAACUCUACCAUUAUUCAAAUCAACAGCAUCAUCAGAUGUCAAGCGGCUAUCAAUUCAAACUACCCACCCGCAUUGAAGAAUGCCUGCCGAGUAGGAUUAAAGAUAACAAAUAAGUACUACAGCUUGACUGACACAUCACCCCUUUAUAGGAUAGCAAUUUUGUUGCACCCAUCCUUCAAAGAUGAGUACUUCAAGAUAGCAAAAUGGGAACCCAAAUGGAUAGCCGAAGCAAUCCGCCUAGCUCAUGAAAUGUGGGCAUCAAAUUACAAGCCCCAACCACUCACUCCUGCCUCCUCUGCUCCAACUACUAGCUCAAAGCCCAUCACUGGUAUGCUUGCCAGCCUUGGAAGAGCAACUGCCACCCGGGGGGGAGACAGCUCAGCUGAUGCAUUUGACACAUGGCUUUCUGGGGGACUUGUCCUCAAUGGUGAUGAGCUGGUGAAUCCACUGAAGUGGUGGAUGGAACAGAAGCGUUCUGGUAACUGA